AUGCCCACUAACAGUGCUUAUGUUGAAUAUGACAAUGGAAGUAACAGAUGUUGGCAACAUCGUCGAUCUAAAAUGAUUAUCAUCGUUAUUCUGCUAAUAGCAAUACUUGCUAUUACACUAGGUCUUUUGUUGAAAUUUGUCAUUCUUAGCCCAAAGAAAUCAAGUCGCGAGAUUACUACAAUAAUAUCAUCUACAUCUGCACCGACAACCAUUACUACUCAGAAGUCCGCGUGGUUGAAUACUGGCGACAUGAAUGUUGCAAGACAUGAAUAUACAGCAUCGUUAUUACCCGAUGGUAAACGGCAGUAUCACAUAGCAAUUGUGUUAUCAAACGGAAAAGUACUUGUCACCGGUGGAUCUUUUGGUGGUACGACACAAGGUACUGCUGAAUUAUACGAUCCAGUAAAGGAUUUGUGGGACAAAGCUGGUACAAUGAUACAUAAAAGACAUAACCAUGUGGGGAUCUUAUUAAAGAAUGGAGAAGCGUUGGUAAGUGGAGGAUCCGAUGGUAUUCAUGUUCUCAAAAGUGCGGAGUUAUAUAAUUCAUCAACAAGAAGGUGGAAAAGCGCAGGUGAUAUGAAUUAUAAACGAGAAUUUCAUGCUGCAUCCCUACUGGCAGAUGGUCGUGUAUUAAUGAUCGGUGGAUUCUAUGGUGGCGCAGGUUUAAGUAGUACUGAAUUAGAUAAUCCUGGAUUCUGA